UGAAGAAACAACUACAGAUACAAGUAUUACAACUGAUGAUGAAAUCUUAUUUAUGGGUGAUGCAGAAUUAACUUCGGACCAAAAACGUUCCCAAACAUUACCAAACAACCAAUCUUACACUCAUUUUCACGUGCGAUCUUUAUCCGAGUCAAGAACUUAUGAUGCUAUAACUGGUGUUGAUCAUAAAUAUUCGUUUUCAAAACGAGUGGGCGGGGGCGAUGUGAAACGAAGGGAAUUAUCGGGAACGGAGUCGACCUCAGGGGUUGGCUCAAGUGAAUCCGUUGUAGGAAAAAAUAUUAGAAAUGAUCGCACUCAAACUUUAAGCCCGAUUCCAAGCUCAUCUAGUCUGCUUACUUUGAAAACGGAGAGAAAUCGGAGAUAUUCCGAGUCUUCAAAACAACAAUCCAUAUUAAGUAUUACCCCAUCGGAUAAAUCGACGGUUUCACCGCCAAGUAGUAGUUGUGGCAAGCCGAGUUAUCAAGAUUUAAAAGGUUAUCGAGAACUAGCUCGGCUCAAAUAUCAAGAUGAACAUUCCGAUUUUCUUCGACAUUUUCAAUACCGUUUUAGCACGUUACGAAGUGACAAAACAAGCGGAGGGGGAGGUUCGUCAUAUUCGACGAGUACAACUUACGAUGAAUAUAUGGAAAUUUUCGGUGGAGAUAAAAGAUCCACCGAAUUAUAUCGACGACCCGUGCGUCACGAUGAAAAACAUUCGUCUCGAAGAAAACGGUGUUAUAUGGGAAUUUGUCUUCCAUUGGAAUUGGGGAAUUUAUUUCCAGAGAGUAGAAGUUUAGGUAGAGGGUUGGUUCGAAGUGGUUCAGAAAACGGAGCUGAUACAAUGAUUCGAAGAAAAGUUGAUAUAACAAUCCAUAAUAAAAAAUUAUGUUUUAAAUGUUCACAAUUAAGAAAUUUAAAUUUAAGUAGGUCAUCGAGUAUAUUUAAAGCUCAAAACCAAUCCAUGUCAAAAUCGGAAGAUGAAAUCAUCGUCGAUCAAGAAGAAGCGUUAAAAACCGAAAUACUCCUUCAAAUCGAACGUUUAGCAAACCCGUUAUUUACAAAAUCAGCUAAACAAACGUUAUUAUUACAAAAGCAAAAAAAUCCGGAUAUUUUUAAAGAUAUGUGUCUGUAUUCGGACGUUUGCCGAACGGUUUCAGAAAACGUAUACCGUUUAGGACCGAGGCGAAUUAUUCAAGAAUUAUUUUUGGAUGUGGCAUUCGAUUUUACGAAUACCGACGUGGAUGCGAUUUUAGCUAAAGAACGGAAUUAUUACGAUGACGUCGUGGUUGGUGGUUGUUGUUCCUUGGUGGUCUCGGCAACCAAUAAAAAUGUAAUUAAGGGUUUUGAUGUCGUAACGAAACCGACCGCGCUUAAAGAGGCGACGAUCACCGAGUGUUCUACUAAGACUGAAAACGUUCCCGUAACUAUACGAACCUUAGAUAAGCUUAAAUUUACUUAUAAUGAGAAUAAAUUUCCUAUUAAGAAUCGAAAUGAUGAUGAGAAACAAGUUAUUAAAUAAUUAUUAAAAAAAAAUAAGAUGAAAAGGAAAAAAAAUAAUUUUUUAUUUUCUGUUUUUAUUGAUUAUUUUUUUUAAUCCUUUAAUGCACAAAUUUGUCUAAAUGUAUUUAAAAUCGAUUUUAUGCAUGAUUUAAGCAUCAUUGAUUAGUGAAAUUCAAAUAAAACAACCUCCAAAAAUUUACUUAUAAACAAAGAUUUUCUAUGCAAAUCAACUUUUUUUACCUAUAAUUUAUUAAACAAUUUUUUAAAUAGUUAAUGUGCGAUAAAGGAUUAAAAUCGAAUCCACUAAGUGCAAUACAUAAAGAGGUAUGAUUGAUGUUUGUUGUUAAAAGAAAAAUUUUUAAAAUAAUAUUUUAAAUAAAUGUAUGAUGUUGACAAGAAAAUGAAUAAAUAAAAUUAGUUGAUUAGUUCAUUCCAAGAUUAUUUCAUUCUGCUUUUAUAAUUUUUUAAACAUCUUUUAAUGCAUUCGUCAUAUCAUAUUGUUUAUGUUUUGCUGAAACGGUUGUCCCUAUGUAGGGGUAAACAAAAAAAGAAUUUAAAAUUUUGUUGUUAAUUUACACAACCAGUAUAACCAAUGUUCCUAUUUUUGCCGAUUCAACAAAAAACAAUUACUAAUAAUUAAAAAAAGAUUAAAUAAAAACUUAAUGAAGGGUUACACGAGCUAUAUUU